AUUCUCUCCUCUCACAUUCGUGUGUUAUGUGUCGAAGAAAAUAUAGGUACUCUCUGCUGAUAUAUUUUUUAUUAUUGUAGAUGCUUCAGCGUUGAAACUACAAACUUUUCCUUCUGAUGAAUUAAACUUGGAUUACUCCAACACUUAACACCGCAGAGAUUACCGGUGUAGCUAUAAUAAAAUUAUUUGUGCUUCGGAAAAUUCGUGUGAGUUGUGGAGAAAUCUCACGAGUUGGUGAAGAAGAAGUGAAAAAAAAAGCUAAAGUUUAGUGACGGCUCUUAGCUCAUUAGGCAUUGUUUGGAAACAAAUUAGUGUAUGUAGUGGUCGGUGAAGAAAUCAGCGGAAAAUGAAUCCCUAUAAAUUUAUUGAGGAGCUAUCGAGUGCCGGAACUGAUUCUCUCCAAUUACAAUGCAUUGUGAAUAGAUAUCUGAAGGACAUUACCAAUGCAUCUGUGGUAUUCCUUAUACCACUGAUACCUACAAGUGAUGAGGGUAUACUACAAGUAGUGGGUGAAAGAAUUUUAGAGAAAGAAUUUAGAUUUUCGAUUACAUCAGAUUUUAUUAGAAAUAUUACUAAAACCGAAUUUUCACGCAACGAUAGAGACAACGAUCUUUCCGAAAUGAUCGCGAAGAUAAUUAGCCAAGAUCAGAAUAUUCUCUUUUUCACCAUUAAUCAUCCCACAAUAAAAUGCGAUAGCAAUGCAAACCAAGUUGCUCUUCUUGUUUGUAUUGUAACCGAAGAAGAAAUCAUCAAAAAACGUGAAAUCUAUGAAAAAAGCAUUUCGGAAGUAUUUACAUACAUUCUUGGUCAUUUACUAACUUCCUUUGAGUUAUUCGAAGAAAAACGCGUGAGGGGACAAUGCCAAAAUCUCUUGCAAGUUGCUCGACGUCUUCUGGGAAAAGUUGGUGAUUUGGGGAAAUUGAUGAGAAGCGUAAUGACGGAGGCAAAGGACUUGGCUAAAGCUGAGCGUUGUUCUCUUUUCCUCAUUGAUAAAUCCACCGGGGAACUUGUCUCAAAGGUAUUCGAUGGAGAUGAAGUAUCUGAGGAGUUACGUAUUGAAAAUGGAAGAGGUAUUGCGGGACAUGUGGUAAAGACGGGGAAACUUCUUAAUAUUCGGAAUGCCUAUCAACAUCCACUCUUUUACAAAGGUGUUGAUGAAUUGACGGGAUUUAAAACAAGAAAUAUUCUCUGUUUUCCCAUUUGUGACGAAGAAAAUAUUAUUGGUGUGGCUCAGUUGUGUAAUAAAAUAGAUGGUUUUCAUUUUGAUAAAUGUGACGAAGAAAUUGCAACUGCAUUUUCCAUUUACUGUGGUAUAAGUAUAAUGCAUGCCCUUGUCCAUGAGCAUGUACAAAAAGCAGAGGCUCGACAUAAGCUAUCACAAGAAUUACUUCUUCAUCACAUGAAGGUACCGGAAGAAGAUAUGAAAUCAAUUUAUCACGAUUUGCAGAAUAGUCGAAUUAAAAUAAAUUUGGAAGAAUUCGCUUCAUUCCAAUACUGUCCACGGGAUAUUGAUAAAAUCUCAUCAAUACACAUGUCCUUUGAAAUAUUCAACAACUUGUUGAUUAUUGAAAAAUACAAAAUACCAAAAGAUAAACUCCUCCAAUUCCUUUUGCUGGUACAAAAGGGCUACAGGGAUAUGCCGUAUCACAAUUGGACACAUGCAUUCUCUGUGACACAUUUUGGCUUUUGCCUAUUUAAGAAUUUAAAAUUAAUCGAACGAGGAAUUGUAACUGAAUUACAUCUUCUUGCAUUCCUUGUGGCUUGCCUGUGUCAUGAUUUAGAUCAUCGUGGGACAAAUAAUUCAUAUCAAAAACAAUCCCGGAGUUCUCUGGCAAAACUCUACAGUUCUGAGGGAAGUGUCAAUGAGAGGCAUCAUCUCUCACAGGCGAUUUGUAUACUUAAUGAUGCCAGCUGCAAGAUACUCGAUUCACUUGACAACGAUCAAUUUAAGGAAUGCAUCGAUGUGAUUGGUGAAUUAAUAUUAGCCACAGACUUAGCACAACACUUUCGUAUUCUUGCAAAUUUACGUCAAUUGACCCCAGGGAAUCUUAAGGGAAACCCAAUGCUACUCCUAUCACUCAUGAUGACCUGUUGUGACCUGAGUGACCAAAUUAAACCCUGGCCAACAACGCAAUUUGUUGCUGAACUCGUCUAUGAGGAAUUCUUUCAUCAGGGUGAUUUGGAGAAAGAAAUGGGAAUCUCACCACCAGAUAUGAUGGAUCGUCAGAAGGCAUGCAUUCCAGAGCUACAAAUUGAAUUUAUUGCCACAGUUGUGAGACCAACUUUUGAAAUUCUAGCUAAUAUAUUUCCCGAAACAGCCAUUUGUCUCAAUACAAUUGAUGACAAUCGCCAAAAUUGGGAGAAACUUAAGGACCAUCAAUCUCAUGUUUCUCUUAAAGCUUAAUCUCUCCAAAAUUAAAAAAGGAUUUACUAAAUAAAAAUAAAUUCUGGUGAUGGAUAGGAACCAAAGUUAGAACUAUAGAGAAGUUAGAUAAAUAAGUAGUAAGUAGAAAAGCAAUUACUUUUAAAAAGAAUUAAAGGUGGAAGAAGUUGUCCAGUGUUAGUUAAUGCUUAAAAAAUUUAAAAGAAAAGUAACGGAAAUGGAAGUAUUAAGUACUUGAGCAAGAACUUAUAAAUUCCUAAAUAGAUCUGCAAUCUUCAUAGGAAGUUUAGAGGAAAGUUGUUUACGCAAGAAAACAAAACAAGGUUGUGAUGUUAGCCAAAUUUUCAGAAAAAAAUUCUUUCUAAGAGAUCGCAAUUUUUUUUUAGCUAAAGAUCUGAUAGAAAAAAUGAGAAUCUUGAUACUUUAUGAGUAAAACCAUUGACCAAUCAUUGGCAAAGGGUGAAAUUCACUAGUCAGAUGAGUCAGAUAGACUUAGCAUUCUUUAAGUUUUAUUGAGAAUACUUAAGUUUUCAUAAGAAUCCUCAAGAUUUCUUAAGAAAAACCUAAAACUUUCCUAAGAAAAAUUAAGACUUUUACGUUUUUUUAAGCGAUACUUAAGAUUUCUUCAAUUACUUAGAUUCGAGCUAAAUACACAUUUUUCGAUGAUUUUUUCUGAUCGCCUUCGGGCAUCAAAAUUCGUAAAAAUCAUUAAAAAAUGCAUUUUGCUCGAUUAGCUUAAUAAAUCUUAAGUUUCGCUUGUGAAUCUUAAUUUUUUCCUAAGAAAUCUUUAUUUUUUUUAAGGAAUUUUAAGAAAACUUAAGACAUUCUUUAUAAAACUUAAAUAAUCUUAAGAAAACUUGGGUCUUUCUUAAGGAAUCUUAAGUCUGUCUGACUAGUGAAUUUCAGACAAAGAAAAUCAAUUUUAAUAAAAUUAUUUUUGUUUGAAAUUUGAAUGCAAAAAUCAAAGAAAUAAAUAAAAAAAAAUCUAUUUACAUAUUUUGAGAGACAAAAUUUGUUCUUUAUUUUUUUUGACUUCCAACAAUAUAUAUAAAUAAGUACCUACACUCAGAAUAAUAUAUAUUUUAUUGAUUAUAUCAUAAAAAUCUAAUUAAAUGCAACAUUUCCAUGUAACUAUCAGAUUUUGUACACACACAUACAUAAUUUUCAGCAAAAUUAAUUUUAUAUUUUUAGUUGUUCUAUUUUAGGAAUUUGCAAAAUAUAUUUAAAAAAAAUAUAUACAAUGAGAACAAAUUAGCAAUAUAUAUUUUAAAAUAUAUAUAACUGUAAAGGUGUAAUAAGAGAUUAGAUUUUUGAAA